CACCAAUUGUCUGUUCAUAACCAAAAUCAAGAUUCUCAAAUCCCAUUUAUUGGAAGAAUUAGAGAUAUGGAGAAGAGUAAUGAGGAAAAUGUUGCUUUUCUUGAUCGUACUUCUCGUGCUACCAGAGGCAAACGGAUGACCAGAUUGUUGGAUGAUGAAUUAGAAGAGGAUGAACUUUUCUGGAAUCAAGAAGCUCUUAAAGAUGAAGAGAAUGACAUUGAAUAUGAAGAGGAAGGGGAAGCUGUUGAUGUUUUCGACAGUGACUUUGAUGAAGAUGAACCCGAGCCUGAUGAUGAAGGAGAAAAGGAACCAGAUGAGAGGGAACGGACCAAAAAGCGAUUGAUCCCUCCAGGAAGACCAUCUGCAAAGAAGAAAAAGAAAAAGAAAAACCUUACCAAGUCAGAAAAGGAACCCCAAGAAAAUGAAGAAGCUCCAGAUCAGUCCACCCCUUCUGAACAUCAUGAUGCUCAUGAUGAUACUGAAGCAGAAAGAACAAUUAGGAAAUCAACAAGAACAGCUGUCAUUGUAAAGCAAGCUGAAAGGGAAGCCAUUUGUGCAGCCAUGCAGGCAACAAAGAAGCCUAUAAAAAGAAAAAAGGAAGGUGAGGAAAAGAAGAUGACUCAAGAAGAGAUGCUUCUCGAAGCAGCUCAAACAGAGGUCAUGAAUCUGAGGAAUUUAGAGCGGGUUUUAGCAAGGGAAGAAGAAGUCAAGAAAAAGGCUAUCGUGCAUAAAGCAGUUUAUACUGGCCCUCAGAUUCGAUACAUAUCCACAAAUGGUUCUACCUAUCUAGAGUUUGUCAAUGGAGCAUCUUUCAGUAAACAGAUCUCAACAACAUCCCCUCCAUGUAUCGUGACCCGAAGACUGGGCUUCCAUAUGCAACUAAAGAAGCAUUUAAGAUCAUUCGUCAACGACUUGCUGAUGAAAGUAGCAGGGCUCGGGAGGAAAAGCAUAAUGAUGAGUUGUCUCGGGCGAUUUCUGGGCAAGGAUUUACCUCGAGACGAAAGAGGUCAACAAUUCAAAAUAGUAGACAAACGCCAUAUUCACGAGUAUUUGCUCGUUUCUGCAAGUUUCCUGCUGAUGACAUCAUUUCUGUAGAUUCAGAAUAGAUACUAUGUACACUCUAAUUAUCUUUAUUUCUAGUCUAGGUUUGUAGAAAUGCAGAGGUAGCUUGUUUUGAUAGAUUAGCUUGUAAAAUCACUCAAGAAAUUUGAAUGACCUUUAUAUGAAAAAUGGAGCACCUCGCAUGUAACCCAUCUGAACCUACCAAGGUAGGGCUUACUCUGUCUCAUUUUACGUGAAGAUGUAAGGUGUUUGGCACAUAAUUUAAGAAAAAAAAGAUUCUUUUGAGAA